AUGUAUUGGACUACGUUGCCUGAGCUCUUUGAUCCGAUCGAAGAGUUCGAUGGAGACCCUGCGCGGCUUUAUGUGCCACCGCCACCACCAAUGCCUUAUAGCGAUGAUGAGGAUGAUAGCGAAGAUGACGGUGAUAAUGUUGAUGAUAGGCCAUCAUGGCCAACAUUCCUCGAUAAAACCACUACUACUACCAGGUGUGGACAAAAACGAACAAGUCCAUUUCAGAAAAAGAAUCAGCACGACCAACAACGUUAUCGACAAUCAUCUGCUGUGACACCAUACCAUAACGUCAGGAAGCGCCGAAAACAGCACGAUCAUCAGAAACAGAACCAAGUGCGAUUUGCUUGUCACAAAUGCGGCAUGGUCUUUGAUCGUUUGUAUGACCAUCGUCGUCAUGUCACCGCUGCGCAUGCUCGUUACAACAAGCGAGCAGCUCAUCACUCAUCCUAA